AUGGCUUGGAAAAAGUUUGUUUCCAUUUGCGAUAAACUAAUUCAGUUUGAAGUCGACGCCCACGUCACUUCACUGUCCGAGGUCAGCGUAUUUACGCUCCAAGUCCGUCGUGAUCGAGUUCAAGCGUUGUGGGAGAAGGUCGAGCAGGAAUAUGAGAAAUGCGAGGCACUCACAGAUGGUAAAGACGAUAACUCUGAAGAUUUAGCCAGGCAAGCUAAAUAUGACAAAUGCUAUCAAGUUUACGAGCGAUGCACGGCUCGAUUAAACGAGCUUAUCCAUGAAGGGUCUGCUCCUACUCCUCCGAACCGUCAUGCGCCUACCUCUGCACCAGCAGAACGAGGCUGUCGAUUGCCACCCAUUGACACAGAACCAUCAUCAAAAGCAUUACAGGAUCAUCAGAAUGCUCUGCAGGCAUCCAUUCGCGCUUUUGAGCACUGUGGCCUGCCAGUAACCACUUGGGGAAGCAUGUUCGUAUUUUUCUGUUCCAUCAAAUUGCCAAAGAAUACCCUUUCAUUAUGGGAACAAUCUCUGGGAGACAAGACUGCCAUUCCAGAGUGGCAAAUGAUGGACGAUUUCCUCACUGAGCGGUUCCGUACGCUCGAAGCAGUGGAAAAUACAACUGCACUGGCUAUUUCGGUUCCCACACCGAAACCUCCACGAAAUCCGCUUCCAUCCACGCGAAAGGCUAAUACAUUUGAAGCCAAGGUGACCACCAAACCAAAAUCCUGUGAUCUCUCUAUGAAGGAGAAUCAGGUGCGUCGAUGUCCCCGCUUCCUUCCGAUGACGGUGCCAGAGAGGGUGGCAUACAUAAAGAAAAAGUCCCUUUGUCUGAACUGUUUCGCAAGAGGACAUCAAGUAAAAGAUUGUCCGAGUCAGCACAAUUGCUUCACGUGUAAGGGGCGUCACAAUACGCUCUUGCACAAGGACGCCCGAACGGAGAAUAAUCCAACGCCGGUCCCAGCUCAGCCCAGUUCGCACAAUAUUGUCCGGACUUACUUUACCUCUGAGGCAAGGUCCUCACGAGAUAAGUUGCUAGGUACAGCCAUCGUGGACUUUUGGCACAAGGGCACUACUUAUGCUUCACGGGCGCUAUUAGACCCGGCAUCGGAAGCCAAUUUCCUAUCCGAAAGAAUGUUCCGACUCAUGAAGUUACCAUUCCAAACUGUCAGGGCCGAAGUGACAGGCAUUAACGGAAAGGUCAAUAGAACCUUGAAGGUCUGUCAUAUAAGCAUUCGGUCAUCGCAUGGACCUCCAGUCCAGAUAGAGAUAGAAGCUUUUGUCUUGUCCCAAGUUGCUGAUUAUUUGCCGUCAUGUACGAUGGCCCAAGCCACACGGGAAGGAAUGCCUAAUAUUCCUCUAGCCGACCCCUCCUUUAGUUUAAAGGCGAAGAUCGAUCUACUUCUUGGCAUUGAAGUCAUACCAGCGGUGACCGUUUCCGGCAUCCAGACCGAAGUCAUUUCAGGCCCGUUGCAAGGGGUCCCCGUUAGUUCGUGUGCCGCGUUCACCACGAGGGUCGCUGUUAGCUGA